AUGGCGCAACUACGAGUAACAAACGUAAAGUCAAUAGCUGCUGCGCUACUGUUAACGAUACACAUAGCUUUAUCAGCUAAACCUAACCCUAGACCUGUAUUUGAAAGCAUCAACGAGCAAUCCAGGAUUGACGAUAGCGUAAGACUGUCAAGUAGCCCCGGAAUAUUACCAUACGGCAAUCCAUUAGCUGGCAAUUCUAAACAAAAUGCAAGAAUACACGCGAACAACCAACAAGCAAUGUUCAACGCAGAACGAAUGCGGCAGCACAAAGCUCAGCUACAAAGAUGGUCUAAGGGACCAAGAAUGGUAGACAGUUAUAUGCAAGCCUAUCAUGAUUCCCAAGAAAAUCAUCAGUUGGCCUGGGAGAAGCAACAGGCUACUUCGAAAGAUAUCCCGGUUACUAUGGCUCCUGUCACAAGGAGUCAAGGCAGGCCGGCAAGACAAAGAAUUGUACAAAGAAAAAGGAUAUCACCGAAUACCGAUAGCCCACCAAGGAAUGCGCAAGAAACUUCAUCGCCAGCAAAUAGAGUCCAAAAACAAAGACUUGAACCACCCAGACGCGGAGAGACACGAUUCUUACAAGUAUCGGAACCAACUAAAAUCACCAAAGCAGAUGCGGUUAUAAAAGAUACGAGAAAUAGAAACCAUAGAUCCUAUGGUUCCGCGGAUUACCAUCAGAACUUAGAACCAAAGAGGUACAAAACUGUAUACGUAUCACCCACUCCGAGUUAUGAGCAAGGUGUGACCAUAAAACCGAAUGGUAAUGCUGGUAUCACACAAACAAACGAACCCACGAAUCUGUACACAGCAUCAAUACCAAGUCACGCGAAACAAACCUACCCAAAUAUCGUCAACUCCCUACAACCAUUACAGGAUAUUCAAGUCCUCAAUUCUUUGCUGAACAAGAAUCCUACCGAUCAACUAUCAGAAUUUAAUGCUCUUUUAAACAACGACAAAACACCAGAUGAUAUAACCAAAGGUGUGCCUGUGGAUUUUUAUUUCUACCUCAGAGAUCCAACUCAACAACCUUUAACACAAAAUUACGAUAAUAUAAAAUAUUCACAGCUACCACAAAAAUAUGCAAGUGCGUUUGAACCUGAAACAAAUCCCAAAGAUCAUAAACCGAUAACUGAAGAAGUAGAUGACAUAGAAGAUCCGAAUAAAGGACCAGUGAUGUUUAAUCUUCAGCCAGUUCCACCAACGAUAGUUCCAGACCAAACUACAACAACAAAAAGCAAUAACUACUACAAAGUCGAAGUUGCUAGCCAAACAAUAAGUACCGGACCUAAACAUAUCAAGGGAGAGUACUAUGUUAAACAAGAAAAUGAUCCACAUUAUGAAUCAUUAACUUACGGAUAUCAACCCAUUUACAAGGAAACAGAUGACAGCAAAAGCGAAAUGUAUUUACAUCAUAACGCAGAACCAACAGGUGUUCAACACUUACUAGAAGACGGGACGGAAACAUCAGCAUUCGGAGACGAUAAUCUCCAGUACGCAGCAAACUAUGAUUUCGGUUACCGUGUUCGCGACCAAGAAAGCGGUAACUACUACGGACACCGAGAAGCUAAACAGGGGAAAUCUACCAAAGGAAGUUACCACGUGCUCCUACCAGAUGGCAGGAUGCAGCUGGUCAAAUACUCCGCAGGGCCUUCAGGUUUCCACGCCGACAUCACAUACGAUCACUUGCAGUAA